AAAGGCCAUUUAUUAUUUGUUAUUUAUUUUUCAUUUUUUAUUUUUUAUUGUUUAUUGUUUAUCGUUUAUCGUUUAUUAUUGAUCGUCUAUUUUUUAUUAUUUUUUAUUUAUUAUCAUCUAUUAUUUACCAUUUCUUACCUAGGUCUGUACCGACAUCCAUGGGUCAACACCAAAAAGAACAAAGUGGUCUGUUUUUACUUUUGCCAUGCUUUACCUCAUUCUCGGGCUCCUGUUGGUUCCUGGGUAUACAAAAUGCACGGCAUGUCAAAAAAAUCAUCGACAGGGAAAUCCAAAGAUCCAUGAUCUUCAAUCCCCGGUACAAAUCAUCCCAAGGGGGAGGUCAUAAGGUUCCACAUAAUUUACCUUGCUUUGUUUUUCGAUGAUUUCUACCCCGGAGAAAGGAAGAUCAUAUAAACACUUCCAUCAUCUCAUCGCAUUGCCAUCAGACUAUAAUAUGAUAUCGUUUUUCAUCAUCAUCUUUUAAUCUACACUGUUGUAUACAAUACACACUCCUUAGACCUUUUUAAUUGAUUGAGUGAUACAUACACCAAUCAGAGUCACUCCUUUUAAAACAUCACCAUGGGUUCAUCAACCACUCAAAACAUCAGUCAAAGACAAACCCAUACUUACCAAAAAUCUACUUCUUCCAUUCUGCCCAAGGUACACGUCCUGCGCAAAACAUAUCAAGCACCCUCCAGCCCACCCUUUGCUCACCAUGAAAAUGAAUAUACGGAAUCACGAACACUUUCUACGAGAGCUUCUCUCCCGAGUUUGCACACCACCAUGUUUAAGCAAGCAAAUGCCACUUCUGCUUUGUUGAGACCUUCAUCUGCACAUACAUCUAAAAGAGCAGUGUCUGGUAUGAAACGACUGUUACCCCUCAGACUGGCCACUCCACCACUUUCAGAGGAUUCGGAAGAUUCAGAUUCACACUCCGUAUCAACACCAUCCAAGAGGUCAACUUUUGGACAACUAGAGCGUUUGGGAGACUUAUCGGAUCUGGAAAAUAUAUCGCAACGGAGAUUACACGGUACAUCGCUUUUAGCCAUCCGACCAGAGAAAUAUCGAGACACUCCCAUUAUUUCAACAGAUGGUUCGCCGUUGAUCGGGAGUCCUCUUUAUCAAGAGAGUUGUACUAGGUGGGAUGAGAUCGAAUGUACUACAUCUAGUAUCAUCGAUGCGUAUGAAGGAUUGAGUGAUUCGAGUUCAAGCAAAGGAUGCGGUUGGGAUGAUUCAAAUCAUGACACACAUGAAACACAAAGUGCAACAUUAUCACCUAUUUCCCCAAGAAGACGUCAUCGAGCAGAUUCAGAGUUGUCUUUCAAAUGUUUGGGCGAAGAAAAUGAAGAUGCUGAAGAAGUUGAACAAUCUGAAUCCUCGUGGUUUGCUGGUUCCAAAACCAAAUGCCGGACCGCUCCUAGACUGUCGACUUUGGAUAUUGAAGAAUGGCUCGACGAUAGUGAAAGUAGCAUGUGUGAGAGUUCAGAUGAUGAAUCUGAUGACUUUUUCGCAUGCGCAACAGCUCUUGCACCAGCUAAAGCACAAGUUAUUCACGUGAAUCAUAAAAAAACUCAAAGUUUGUCCAUUACUAUUCCAGAAAGAACAACACCAGUCGGAAUCUUAAAACAUUCCGAUUCAUCUGCUCUUCAAAGAUUAACCUCUCGCUCUCCGAUCGAGACAUGCCCAAUGGAUGAUCUAGCCAUGUCCAGUCCUCCAACUUCACCCGACGAGCCAGAAUCCAACAAAUUUUCUAACUUUAGUCAACGAAAAAUCUCUCGUUCACCAGCAGAUCUUUCUCCAACACCUGCCUCUCCAGAUACGAUACUUGAUAUCGUAGCCGCAAUCGAAGAAUGCACUUCGAACUUUCCUACAAAAAUGUUAUUAGCAGAUACUCCAUGUAUAUCAUCCAUUCGUUCACACCUUAAAGCUACAUCAACUGCGUCUUUCAAAUCAUUUCAGCGAUCAAAACAACCACCACCAGCACCAUCAACCACAACACUUAUCCCUCCCCAUCAAAAAGGUCUCAACCGUCGCAAUCGUCCUCAAACAAUCUGUCUCUCGCCAACCGAGACCAAAUCCUUCAACUUUUCCAUUCCCACCACCCCACCCGUCACUCCACCCUUCAGUCCCGAUUUCUCCUUCUCCUCCCUCGCACCCGCAAAUACACCCAGCACCACCAGCGCAGGCCCCUCCCCCAUCCUCCCCACCUUUGCCUACCAACUCGCAGCCGCCAAUCUCCAACCUCUUCACGCUAUCUUCCCCGUCUCUUCCGAUUUCCUCCGCUCCGCUCUCUACGCCCAUAUCCUCGCUUAUAUCUUCCUACAAUCGCUUCCCUCCUCUUCUACUCCUCCAUCCAGUACUCCUCUCGCCCGUACCACCACUAUCAAACAUUCUCACUCCGCUUCCCACAGUCUCCGCAAAUCCUCUUUCCACAAUACUACCUUCUCAUCUUACACAUACAAUAACACUUCUCUCGUUGGUAUCCCCGCCAAAGCAGCUUCCACCCUCGGUCUCUCCGCCUCAACAUCCAUUCGUCGCAAUGGAAAUCUGGGAGGAGGAGCCGCGCAAAACAAGAAGAUCGAAUACAAUCUCAAGAAUUGCAUAGGCAAAUUGUUGAAGGGUAUGCAGGGAAGUGUGGAUGUGGAUGGAAAUGCAAAGGAAGUGGAAGGAUGGGUUUUGAGAAGUUUGGUCGAGGUUGUGAGAGGAUGUGAGGGGAUUUAGUGGCAUGGGUUUUUCAUUCUUUGAUGAUACAUUUCUCUUUCUUUUGUAUAGUUUACUCUUGUUUGUUUUUGUUUUUUA